AUGUCAGUUAAAUCAGUUAUUAAAGUUGGUGAAAAAGUUCCAAUGGAUGUUACUUUAGGUAAAGCACUCCCACCAGUCGAUGGUGUUUGUGCAAUGGCACCAAAAGUUUUAUCAGGUGAACUUUUCAAAGACCGUAAAGUUGUUUUAUUCGCUGUUCCAGGUGCUUUUACUCCAACUUGUUCAGCCAAACAUUUACCAGGUUUUAUUGAAAAAUCAGAAGAAAUUAAAAAAAAAGGUAUCUCUGAAAUCUUUUGUAUUGCCACCAAUGACCCAUUUGUUAUGAGUGCUUGGGGUAAAGACGUUAAUGCAGGUACUGCAGUUACUUUACUUUCAGAUGGUAACUCUGAAUUCACUAAAAAGAUUGGACUUGAAAUGGAUGGUAAGGCUUUCUUACUUGGUGAAGACAGAUCUCAAAGAUAUGCUAUGAUCCUUGACUCUGGUGUUGUCAAACAUCUUGCAGUUGAAGAAGGUGGUAAAUUUGAUGUAUCAUCUGCUGAAGCAAUCUUAAAACAAUUAUAA